AAGCAGUUAAACACCCAAAGAGAAUUACCCCCUUCACAUAUCAUCAAACAAAUCUCGUCGGGAACCCAAAAAUCUCAUCUUUCUGCCGCCGCAUCUCUCUUUAUCCAUCCCUCUUUCUCGGCGCACGAACGCACUAAAUCUUCAACGCCACAACAGCAACGGCGACGGCGACAAUGAGAUGGGACGAACUGGAAGGCGAUUUUAUGCAUCACAACGACGAACAAGAACCCCAACAACAAGACCAACAAGACUCUUCGUAUCUCAAUUUCGAUACCCUCUCUCUCAUUUCUAAGCCCAAGGAUUAUUAUCGAAUACUUGAGGUGGAUUACGAAGCUACGGAAGAAGAAAUUCGGUCCAACUAUAUUCGUUUAGCUCUGAAAUGGCAUCCAGACAAGCAAAAAGGUGAGGAUAGUGCCACAUCCAGGUUUCAAGAGAUAAAUGAGGCAUACAAAGUUUUGAGUGAUCCAAUCCGUAAACAAGAAUAUGACAAGACAGGAAUGCUAUACCUCUAUGAUUACAACAUUGUGGAUUACCUUAACCGUUACAAGGGUCUUAUCUUAACAUGCAAUGGCCUCGGGAUGAAGACAUCAAUCUUGUGAGAGACACACGCACACUUUGGUACAUAUGGUUGGUUCUUGAGGCUGUUGAUCUUAUGGUGGUGCAAGAAGUAAUGAAUUUGCAAGUUUUAGAUUUAUUACUUACUACUGCAACUAUUAUGUAAAGCUUUGUAUCAUGCCAAUCGACUCUAGUUUUAUGGUUAAAAAAUCUUUUUAACACC